UGAGAAAGGCCCCCUUGUGUUCCUUUGCUUCCGUAGUUGGAGCUUGGCCUUCUCCGGGGAGGCUGCAGCGAUGCCGCUCUACGAAGGCCUCGGGAGUGGCGGCGAGAAAACCGCGGUGGUGAUGGACCUGGGCGCGGCCUUCACCAAGUGUGGCUUUGCAGGAGAAACAGGACCAAGAUGUGUCAUUCCUAGUGAAAUAAAAAAACCAGGCAUGUCAAAGCCUGUCAAAGUGGUUCAAUACAACAUUAACACAGAAGAGUUGUAUUCCUACCUGAAGGAAUUUAUACACAUGCUUUAUUUCAGACACUUACUGGUAAACCCCCGAGACCGUCGUGUUGUGAUUGUGGAGUCAGUGCUGUCCCCUUCCCAUUUCAGAGAGACACUCACAAAGGUUCUGUUCAAAUAUUUUGAGGUUCCUUCUGUGCUCUUUGCCCCAGGUCACCUGAUGUCCCUUCUGACCCUUGGGAUUAAUUCAGCCAUGGUCUUGGAUUGCGGUUACACAGAAAGUCUGGUGUUACCAAUUUAUGAAGGAAUCCCUGUUCUGAAUUGCUGGGGUGCACUUCCUUUGGGAGGAAAAGCCAUUCACAAAGAAUUGGAGUACCAGCUUCUGGAGCAGAGCACUGUGGACACUGGAGCCACCAAAGGACAGAGUCUCCCAUCAGUGAUGGGUUCUGUUCCAGAAGACAUUGUAGAAGACAUAAAAGUUCGCACUUGCUUCGUGAGUGACCUCCAGCGAGGGCUCAAAAUCCAGGCGGCUAAGUUCAAUAUGGAUGGCAGUGCUGAGCGACCAACCCCACCUCCUGAUGUAGAUUAUCCACUGGAUGGAGAGAAGAUUUUACAUGUCAAUGGAGCCAUUAGAGACUCUGUUGUUGAAAUACUCUUUGAGCAAGAUAAUGAAGAAAAAUCAGUGGCCACAUUAAUAUUGGACUCACUUAUGGAGUGUCCAAUAGAUACCAGAAAGCAGUUGGCGGAGAACUUGGUGGUCAUUGGCGGCACAGCCAUGCUGCCAGGAUUCCUGCACAGGCUGAUGGCCGAAAUCAGGCACUUGGUGGAGAAGCCCAAGUACAAGGAGGUCCUGGGCUCAAAGACCUUCCGGGUGCACACUCCGCCUGCAAAACCCAACUGCGUGGCCUGGUUAGGAGGAGCCAUUUUUGGGGCCCUCCAAGACAUCCUCGGGAGCCGUUCGGUGUCAAAAGAAUACUACAACCAGACAGGCCGCAUCCCAGACUGGUGCUGCCUCAAUAACCCUCCUUUGGAAAUGAUGUUUGACGUGGGGAAAACACCUCCCCCUUUGAUGAAAAGAGCCUUUUCCACGGAGAAGUAGAGUUUUCCCUCUGGGACAGGAAUUCAUUCCACUUUAUGGCGCUCCCUUUAUUGCUUCACUUCCUGAUGCUAAACCGUCAUAGAACUGAAUGCAGUUCUGGAUGAGUGGACACAAAGUUGACCUCUUCUGUCAGCUACCCAACUUUAAACGAUACCCCAUUGUUGUGCUUAUUUAUUGUGUACAGUAAUCACCAAACAAGGUCACAAGCCUUUGGCUUUUAUUAUUAUUUAAAGCAUUUGAAACUGAAGCUUCUCUGAGCUCGGAACUGCACAUGCAACUUUCUUUGCCAAUGUAAUGUUGUAGUUCACUUUAGUCAUCUAUUAAAACAUCAAAACAUGAA